GCGGCGACGGGAAAAAGCGAACGUACCCCAUUGGAGAGCAGUGGAGAGACGGGAACGAGGAGCCAGCAAGAAGGGCUCGUUCUUGGGACGACGGGACCACUUGCAUGAUUAUGAGUCAGUGUGCCGCUGCUUACUUUGUGCGCCCGCCGGCGAGCAAGUUGUCAGCGCGCAGGUGACACGGGCCAUGCUGUGCUCCGGCGACGAGCCCGUGCCGUUGCGUGCGCGGUAGGCAGCAGCAGCGCGGACGAGUCCCGACGACCGAUCGGGGAAAAUAGGCCUAGCGGGCGGGACCCGAAGGCACCGCCGCUUCGUCUUGGGACCGGCGGGACUCCGGCCAGCGCGCGUCAUGCCGCGACUGGCGUCGUGAUGCGCGAGUUCAAGGUUGUGGUGCUGGGCAGCGGCGGGGUCGGGAAGAGCGCCCUGACGGUGCAGUUCGUGCAGGGCGUCUUCACCGAGAAGUACGACCCGACCAUCGAGGACUUCUACCGCAAGGAGAUCGAGGUGGACCAGGCCCCUUGCGUGCUCGAGAUCCUCGACACGGCCGGCACGGAGCAGUUCGCCUCCAUGCGGGACCUGUACAUCAAGAACGGCCAGGGCUUCGUGGUGGUCUACUCCAUCACGAGCCACCACACCUUCCAGGACAUCAAGAACAUGAAGGAGCAGAUCCUGCGCGUCAAGAACGCCGACCGGGUGCCCGUGCUUCUGGUGGGCAACAAGUGCGACCUGGACCACCAGCGCGAGGUGACCGUCGCAGAGAUGGAGGCCCUGGCCCAGCUAUGGGGCUGCCCCUGCAUGGAGGCCUCGGCCAAAAGCAGGUGCAACGUGAACGAGAUGUUCGCCGAGAUCGUACGCGAAAUGAACGUUCUGCCGCCCAAGGAAAAGUACAGCUACCGUUGCUGCGCGCUACUCUAGCCGCCUUUGCAUCUGCCCUUUUCGCAGGACCCCGGUCGGCGGAAUUCUUCCGAGACCAAGGCAAGUUCCCACAAGGAAGCUAGACAUUUUAACCGGAACGGAUAAAGAGCCUCAGUGGACAAACGGACACAAGGGGAAGACAGCUCUGAAGAAGUGGACAAUUUGUGCGUGUUUUAGGUGUCUGUCGUUUUCUUGCGUUUUUCUACUGGGAGGAACAUUUUGUGUGGAGGUACGAAAGAAGAAAAAAAAAAAAAAGAAUGUUGUAAAGUGCGAAUACCAAACAGUAGGUGCCUUCCCCUUUGACCAUGUUCCCCUUUCCCGCCGCUUUCAUUCUCUCCCCAGUGUUUGGCCUGAGAUUUCUAGCUUGCCGCUCCAGCUACAAGAAAGAAACAAUUUAGCGAGUGCAAUAAAUGGAAAGGAGACGUUGGC